AUGCCAGAUAACGCCUACGGGGACCUAGACUUGGGUCUCAUGUCGGAUGAAAGCUGGACUCCGCUAUCUCUGCUCGAUGAGGAGCUGGCGGAUGGCUUCAGACUGUAUUCAUCAACUAGCAGCGAUACUGUAUCUACAUCAGCUCCUUUUAGCGAUGCCGCGAGCAGCGACCAGGACUCGGCCAACGAAGCAGACUACAUCGACGAUGACAACAGUGAUAAGGAUGCAAGGAGCCUGGCGCACAUCGAUGAAGGACCCUACUCGAGCCAGAAGCUCCUCAGCUCCAGAGACAUCGUCGAGUCAUUGUCCAGUAGAUUUCUCUUCGAGAACGACUGUUUCGAAGUCCGGCCGUACUCCAUGUCGGGUGUAGGCGCUUUCGCACGCCGAGAUCUCGCACCAGGUGAAGUUGUCCUGUUGGAGCAGCCCAUCCUCCGCUCCAACUACGAUAGCCUGUUCCGGGACUUUCAACGCCUUGACGCAAGUUCGAGAAACGUGUUCCUCCAGCUUUAUGCGAGUAACCACUUUGAGCCCAAGCGCGUGACCGUCGAGGCCAUCUGGUCAACCAACUGCUUUUCCAUCAACCCAGAUUGCCAGGGUCUCUUCGCCGUCGCCUCCAGGUUCAACCAUGCCUGCGCGCCCUCCCACAACCUCGAGUACCGCUUCGACCCAACAACGGGCUGCAUGAUCUUCAGCGUGGGCGCGGAACCCAUCAAGGACGGCGACGAGCUCACCAUAUCGUACGGGUUCGGGCUUCGGCCUAUAGAUCUGUACCGCUACUAUGGGUUCCGCUGCCUGUGCGGUGCCUGCGCUGGUCUCACCGACGAGGAGAUCUCCAUGAGCAGCAUUUGGUGA